AAGAAGCUGUUCAUUUGUCUGAGAAGAUCUGGACUUUAUUGCUCUACUAAAGGAACCUCAAAGGAACCAAGACAUUUACAGGGAAUAUCAGACUUGGAAGAUAGCAAUAUUUAUUCGCUGAUUUCCUGUAAGAAGCUGUAUAACUCUCCAACAGAUUUUGGAUUCUGUGUCAAGCCCAACAGAGUCCGAACUGAUAUUAAAGACCUGCGAUUUCUGUGUGCAGAAGACGAACAAAGUAGGACAUGUUGGAUGACUGCAUUCAGACUUUUGAAGUACGGUGUGCUGCUCUAUCAGAACUACAGAAUUCCCCAACAGAAAAGUCUGCAAACAAACUUCGCAGCACCUAGAAGUGUAUCAGAAAAUUGCUUAGUUGCUAUGGAUUUCUCUGGGCAGACAGGGAGGGUUAUUGAAAAUCCUUUAGAAGCACAAAGUGCUGCAAUCGAAGAAGGUCACGCAUGGAGGAAACGCAGUUCACGGAUGAAUGUUUUAGGAAGCCAAAGCCCACUUCAUCCUUCUAUGCUUAGCACAGUUAUUCAUAGGACACAGCCUUGGUUCCAUGGCAGAAUAUCUCGAGAAGAGUCCCAAACAAUCAUUAAACAACAGGGGCUUGUCGAUGGCCUCUAUCUCAUUCGCGAUAGUCAGAGUAAUCCAAAGGCGUUUGCGCUUACACUGUGUCAUCACCAGAAAAUAAAGCAUUUCCAGAUUUUACCUUGUGAAGAUGACGGGCAGUUGUUCUUUAGCCUUGAUGAUGGCAAUACCAAAUUCACAGAUUUAAUUCAGCUUGUUGAGUUUUAUCAGCUAAACAAAGGAGUCCUGCCUUGCAAGCUCAAGCACCACUGCAUCAUAGUGGCCUUAUGA